AUGCCAAAAAUGGAGAAGGUGAAAAUAUGGUUUCAAAAUCGUCGCACCAAAUGGAAGAAACAGGACAAUGUCACCAAUUCCGAAGCAGCUGAACAUAAAUCAACUAAUUCCGUAAAACCAUCAUCGGCUAAUGAAAAUGGCAAAUCACAAAACCAAGCAACAGGAAACUCCGCUGUUGCGAAUUCGACAACUUCAGCGCCAACGGAAAUGUCAACAAAAAAAUCGCACAACAACAACAACAAUAAUAACACUGAGAAAAAUCGUGCUAUAACGAAUGAAACCAGCACAAAACUAACAACAAAACACGGAACAAAAAUUAAGAAACAAUUAAAUGCAUUACUUGAAAAAACAGCGAAAAACUCCCAUAAAGGAACGGUGGGCGCGAAUGAAAUUAGCAAUGUUAGUGGUGGCGUUGGUGUUGGUGUUGGUGCUGGUGUUGGUAGUGGGGGAUGUGGUAACGGCGGUAGUAAUAUAACAUCUGCUACAACAGUAACCAUGGGCAAAAGUAGCACUAUCAAUGCCAAAAGCAACAAUGAGCAUAACCAUCAACAACAUCAGCUUCAUCACCAGCACGCAAUUCCAUUAACAGUAGAGCCUGCAGCACCGCUGGAACAGACUGAAAAAUUAGAAAUCAAAUUGGAAGAGUCACCGCAACAUCGUGAAUUGCAAUUGAGCUUGCUUAGGGCGGCAAACAAUCAAAGUCCACUUUUUAGUGAAAUGGAUUUUGAAAGUAAAUUAGCAGCAUCCAAAAUAUCUAAUGCAUUAGCCUUCGCCAAACUGCAAAACGGAAAUAAAACACAAAAAUCCAACCAAGAAGCAACGACUACGAAGCAAUCAUUGAACAUGAAUGAAGCUCAAGCGGAUGAGGAUAACAAACAGCAAAAAAUUGAGAAAAUGGACGUAGAUAUAUUGAACGAUGACUUGGAUGAAAAUGAAUUGAAUGGAAGGAAAACUGAUGCAAAGGAUGCUGAUGCUGAAAACAAUGAAAAUCACGAAAUUGACGAGGAUGAGUUUAUGCAGAACAUUUAA